AUGCUGGAAAUAUUGGUUCUACACGAAGCAGCAGGUCUUUUCGAGACAGAAGGCGUACAGCUUCCAGGGACAGAGUGUGACUACCAGUUUAGUAGAUCCGGCAACCGUCCUACACACGGCCGCCUCUACAGUCCUAGUUACCCGUCCGUCUACCCUAACAACGUGCGAUGUUCCUACCAUUUUCACGCAAGACCGAAAGACCGCGUCAAAGUAGUCUUUGAAGAAAUAUUCUUACAAAAAGGAGAUGUGAGUUGCCUGCGCCGAGCGGAUAUUAUCAAGGUAUUCGACGGGCGAGACACGGAGGCGCCAACAAUAGCCAUGCUGUGCAACGAGCUUACAGGAUAUGAGGUUCUGUCUACGGGACCAUCACUCUUGCUACAGUUCACGGCCAACUCCGCGACACCAGGCCAGGGUUUUGCUGCAACAUACCACUUUCAGCCACCACCAGACUCAACUGCAGCCGGUGAGACUCUUCAAACAAAUAUUGAAAUGUAUAUAAAGAUUUUAAACGUGUUGUAUUAA